CAUCUCUGACUAAACAUCACUGUUUAACCGCAACCAAUGAGCUGCUAGAGAGACAUUUUCCACUGGCGUGGACCAAUCAGAUUACAGAACACACGAGCGCAUGAAAGAUCUUCAGCAGCACGAGCCGCUCAGCACCAGUGUCUGAGAUGGAGACAUCAAGAGUCGCUCUCAUCGCUCUCGUGUGUGUUGUGUUCUCCGGUCAGAAGAGGAUCUCUGGAGCAGAAGUGGAGACGAGAGUCAGACGAGGAGACGACGUCACUCUCUACUCCGACUGUGUUGUGAAAAGUGGAUUUUAUCCAGUGUGGUUCAGGAACUGCUCACAUCAGGAUCAACCUCGUCUGAUGAUCUCACAGUCAGAUGUGAUGCAUGAUGUUUUUCCACGUUACUCGUCUGUGUUUAAUGUCUCCACCAACGUACACGAUCUGCUGAUUAAGAAGGUCACAGAAUCAGAUGUGGGCGUGUACUACUGCGCUGUGAGAGAAAACAAUAUUACAAAGGAUAAAGACGGCGUGAUAAUCAGCACUGCAGUGUUUCAUUAUGGGAACAGAUGGACUCGACUCUCUGUACUCGAAGAAGCUACUGUCUCUCCGAACACCCCGACCCCGUGUGUAUCAGAGUGGAGUGUUAGCUGGAAGCUGGUGUUGGGUGUGUGUGCUGUGUGUGUUCUCCUCUCCUCACUCCUCUCCUCCAUCUGUGUGUACUGCCUCUGCACAAACACCACUAAAGGAGAAAUCAAAGCAGGAAGUGCCAAAAGGACGACUCUGAGCCACGACGAGGUUGGAGACGAGGUCUGUUACGCCUCGCUGGACAUCCAGAACCUCCACAAGAAGAAGAAGAGGAAGAUAAAGAGGAGAGUUCAGCACUCCGAUUUCAGCACGUAUUCAGAGGUCAGGACCGACAGGAGCUCGGGAGACGUCGCUGAAUUUUGAAAUGACUCGUGCAUUGUUUGAAAAACGUUUUUUUUUUUUUACUUGUUUUUUUUAAAACCCUCGACGAUAUUAAACGUAGAAAAUGACUUGAUUUUUCAUUUAUAAACAGUAUAGAAAUCAUUUGAGCUGCAAAUUUGAAAUGUUGCUCACUAUUAAAUUGAUCAUAAUAGUGAUAUAACGCUGAUGACGUACAGAAGGUCUCAGAGCUACACUCUGUCCUGGAGGUGACCCUCUGAAAGAAGGCUUUGGAGCAGUGUAGGGGUUGUGAGCAGCCUCUAGGAGGUAUUCGUAAUGAGGACCAGUACUCACUACACCAGAUGAAACUUGAUGUUGGACUCACCUCCUCCAUCCUGGACCUCCUGCAGGCUGCUUCACAACAUUUGAUUGACUUUCUCGUUGUGCCUUGAAUGUGCUAGAUCACUGACAGAAAGGGUAACGGCAGAUGUUUCCAGGACUCCGAUGCGACGUCCAGCAGUUAUUAUAGCUGUCUGACUAAACAGGCAAAACCACCAGAGCGGAAACGCAGUGAAGGCUUAGGGAGAGCACCAAACCAGAAUCCGCCUGAGGGCCAGGUCACUGGAACGUAAUAAUGAUAAUGAUAAGAUAACGAGUCUUUAUUGAUCACGUAUACAUUACAGCACAGUGAAACUCUUUUCUUCACAUACCUCAGCAUGUUAGGAAGUUGGGGUCAGAGCGCAGGGUCAGCCAUGAUACGGCGCCCCCUGGAGCAGAGAGGGUUAAGGGCCUUGCUCGAGGGCCCGACAGGAGCAGCUUGGCAGUGCCGGGGCUUGAACCCCCGACCUUCAUAUCAGUAACCCAGAACCUUAACCACUAAGCCCCCAAUGCCCCCCCCUGAUGAUCCAAGCAGAGCCACCCUUGAUGGAUCGGAGAGGAGAAGUCAGAUAAGUAGAGAUCCUAAAGAUCUUACAAAAAUUAGAAUUAAACUAAGUUUUCUCUGCCAGGACUGGGGUUACGGGGCUCGACCGCGGGAGCUAGGUCUGGGGAUGCUGUCUGCAGCUGAGUACCUGCUGACUGGGCCACAAAUUUAACCCAAUGGCGAUAUGAAGCCAUCUGGUGGGCUCAUGAAGGGUGGGGGUCAGGUGGAAAUCCAGGCACGUGAUGGACAGUCUUAGAUGGACUAGACCGGUGCAGUGGAUUAAACUGUGGCUGGAAGGCUGUCACGGUGCUAACAUUAGCAUGCUACCUGCAACUAUAGGGUGUGGGAAUGUGGUCUCUCCAGAGGAUGCCUGGGCUUACUCUCUGUGAUAAGGUGAGGAGCUGAGCGGUCUGAGACAACCAUGGAGUAGCUGUUGCUCCUUCGAGUUGAAAGGAGCAACUUGAGGCACCUUACAAGAACACCCCCUCUUCGGCUCCUGGUAGAGCUGGAUCCUGCACGUCACACUGGAUGCAGACUCCGAGAGAGACCCAGGAGCCGCUGGAGAGAUAUCAUCUCACGGUGGUCCUGGAAACAUCUGGGGAGCCCCAGAAGGAGGGGGAAUCUGUGGCCAGGGAUAGAGAAAUCUGGGCUGAACUUUUCUGCUUGCUGCCAAGCAGGUGGAGAAUGAAUGUAUGACCUUUGACCUCUGCUUUCUCUUCUCUAUCUGUAUUGUCAAAACUUUUGAUUAUUACAUGAAAGUAUUACUAGAAAGUCUUCCAUGCAAAAGGACAAAAAUGCAGUGGAGUUAUUAUCUAAAUUUUAUGGAGAAUAUUCAUGUUUAGUAGUUUUAUUUACAGUCUUGACCACGCCCUGCUGAAUUUAAACCUAUUCAUAUAAAAUGUUACUUUGCUUUCUGUGAAACUGUCAUUUGUUCUAAUAAAGUUAACAGUUUGGA